CCGACCUCAGGGAGGAGCCCGCAGCAACCCCCACCUAGGCGGGGAGAGUGAGAGGCCCGGCGUGAGGUGGAGGAGAAGAGGAAGAAGGGUCUGUCCAUGGUCAAGGAGUGCAGAUGAGUGGAGGAGGAUCAUACAUUCAGUUCUCAACUCCUCGAGUUUGAGCCAGCCACUGCCCCCUUUCAAAGGUGAACAUAGUAAAAUUUAUAACAGGCGCGCUAUCAGACCGCAGAGGAGUAUAAAGGCACGAAGACAAGCGCCAGCCUCCAUCUGCGCAAGUGAUUCAUCCAGGGCUGGGCCACCGGGAGGAUUCUGGCAUGGACCUGCAGCCAUGCAUCUUCUUCCUGGGGCUGCUAUUGCUUCUGGGGCGAGGACCCACCCAGGCCCACACCUCGCCUGGAGAGAACACAGAAGAGCAACGAUCGCUGGAGACACUGAAGAAUUUUCCAUUCCCAUGCAACUCAGAGAAGUCAGGAUCCAGCAUGCCUCCUAAGUCAGUCCACUCGGUGAGACCUUCUGAUAUUAAAUUUGUGGCAGCCAUGGGCAAUGUGGAAACUCCUCCAGACUCAGGGACUGUCGACCUGGAGAAGCAAAAAUGGACUGACCAAAGGCCACAGCAGACGUGCAUAGAAGUGGUGACAGUCCUUUCAGACCUCAUCAGAUAUUUCAACCCCUCUGUUCUGAGGCCCCUGUGUGUCCCUGGGAAGAGAGUGGUACCCCACCCUGGUGUUGAAGACUGGCAGGCGCAGGCAGAAGAACUGGUGAGGAACAUGAAGGAGGACCAGCAACUUGACUUUCAAAAUGACUGGAAGCUCAUCAAUGUGUUUUUCAGCAACUCAAGCCAGGAUCACCUCUGUCCCUCUACCCAACAGCAGAGUCACGCGGCGGGAGGCCUGGACGUGCUAGCUGGGGCUCUGGACUACCUGCACCGGGAGGUCCCCAAAGUAUUUGUGAACCUGGUGGAUCUCUCUGAGACUCUGAUGGUCUCUCCCUGGGACCAAGGGACUCAGCUCAGCAGCCCCACGGCAGAGCCCUGCAGGGACUCAGGGGAGACCUCGAAGUUUUCCAAGGUGGUGACACAGUGGUCCUAUCAGGAGAGCUGGGACCGUCUCCUGGCCUCCAGCAAGUACAACAAACAGGAGUCCUUCACGGUGGUUUUCCAGCCUGCCUUCUACGAGACCCCACCUUCGGGGGAGCAACCACUCCAGGAUCCCAGCACACUCGCCUUGAAUCUCUGGAACAGCAUGAUGAAGCCAGCAGGACAGAAAGACGAACCAUUCGGUGCAAGAGAGAGAAGGCCAGUGGCAUGUCCCUCUCAGGAGAAUCCCUAUCUGUUCACCUACAAGAACAGCAACUACCUGCCCAGACUGCCAAAAUCUCAGGAGAGGCUUGAGGUGAGAGACGGAACGGAAAUCCUGUGUCCUGACAAGGAGCCCUCUGACACAAUUCCCACCUCAGUUCACAGGCUGAAGCCCGCUGACAUCAAAGUAAUCGGAGCCCUGGGUGACUCUCUCACGGCAGGUAAUGGGGCCGGAUCCAAGCCUGGGAACAUCUUGGAUGUCUUGACUCAGUACCGAGGCCUGUCCUGGAGUGGCGGAGGCGAUCACAACCUCAGCAGCGUCACCACCCUCCCAAACAUCCUCCGGGAAUUCAACCCUUUCCUGAGGGGCUUCUCUGUUGGUACCGGGAAAGAAAACAGUCCUGGAGCCUUCCUAAAUCAGGCUGUAGCAGGAGACCGAGCCGAGGGUUUACCUGUUCAGGCCAGGAGGCUGGUGGACCUGAUGAAGAAUGAUACGAAGAUAAAUUUUCAGGAAGAUUGGAAGAUAAUAACCCUGUUCAUAGGAGGCAAUGAUCUCUGUGAUUUCUGCAGUGACCCGGUCCGCUAUUCUCCCCAGAACUUCACGGACAACAUCAGGAAGGCUCUGGACAUCCUCCAUGCUGAGGUUCCUCGGGCAUUUGUGAACCUGGUAAAGGUUCUGGAGAUCAUCAACCUGAGGGAGCUGUACCAGGAGAAGGAAGUCCGCUGCCCAAGGCUGAUCCUCAGCAAACUCUGCCCCUGUGUCCUGAAGUUUGAUGAUAACUCAACAGAACUUGCCUCCCUCAUCAAAGUGAAUAAGCAAUAUCAGGAGGGGACCCACCAGCUGGUUGAGAAUGGUCGGUAUGACACAAGAGAGGAUUUUACAGUGGUCGUGCAGCCAUUCUUGGAAAAAGUGGACAUGCCAAGGACAUCGGAGGGGCUGCCCGACAGCUCUUUUUUUGCUCCUGACUGUUUCCACUUCAGCAGCAAAGCUCACGCUCACGCGGCCAGCGCCCUCUGGAACAACAUGCUGGAACCUGUUGGCCAGAAGACAACACAGCACCGUUUUGAAUACAAGAUUAAUAUCACCUGUCCGAACCAGUUCUGGCCGUUUCUGAGCACCUACAAGAACAGAGUGCAGAGUCAUGGGAGCCAGCUGCCAUGCAGGGACAGAGCCCCUUCUGCCUCGACACCCACCUCAGUGCACACCCUGAGACCGGCAGAUAUCCAAGUCGUGGCUGCGCUGGGGGAUUCUCUGACCGCUGGCAAUGGAAUUGGUUCCAAACCAGAUGACCUUUCUGAUGUCACCACUCAGUAUCGGGGACUGUCAUAUAGUUCAGGCGGGGACGACUCCCUGGAGACAGUGACCACCUUACCGAAUAUCCUCCGGAAGUUUAACAGAAAUCUCACGGGCUACGCGGUGGGCACGGGUGCCGCCAACGACACAAAUGCCUUCCUCAAUCGGGCUGUUCCUGGAGCAAAGGCUGAGGAACUUAUGAGCCAAGUCCAGACUCUGGUACAGAGGAUGAAAGAUGACCACAGAGUGAAUUUCCACGAGGACUGGAAGAUUAUCACGGUGCUGAUUGGAGGCAGUGACUUAUGUGAUUACUGCACAGAUUCGAAUCUGUAUUCUGCAGCCAACUUUUUUGACCAUCUCCGCAACGCCUUGGACGUCCUACAUAGAGAGGUGCCCAGAGCCCUGGUCAACCUCGUGGACUUCCUGAGCCCCAGCGUCCUGCGACAGGUGUUUCUAGGCAACCCGGACAGGUGCCCUGUGCAGCAGGCCAGCGUGUUAUGUAACUGCGUUCUGACCCCUCGGGAGAGCUCCCAAGAGCUGGCCAGGUUGGAGGCCGUCACCCAAGCCUACCAGAGCAGCAUGCGGGAACUGGUGGGGUCAGGCCGCUAUGACACCCGGGAGGACUUCUCUGUGGUACUUCAGCCCUUCUUCCACAAAGUCCGGCUCCCGUUCCUGGCGGAUGGGCGCCUGGAUAUGUCCUUCUUCGCUCCAGACUGUCUCCACCCAAGUCAGAAGUUCCACUCCCAGCUCUCCAGAGCCCUUUGGAUCAAUAUGCUUGAACCACUAGGAAGAAAAACGGAGACCCUGGACCUGGCAGCAAAUAUAGCCCUCUCCUGCCCCACUCAGAAUGAGCCCUUCCUGAGGACGCCCCGGAACAGUAACUAUACCUACCCUGCCCAGCUGGACAUUGAGAACUGGGGCAGCGACCUCCUGUGUACAGAGUGGAAUCCUUCCAACGGUGUCCCCACCUCAGUCCAUGAGCUCCGGCCAGGAGACAUCAAAGUGGUGGCCGCCAUGGGUGACUCGCUGACCACAGCACUGGGAGCCCGACCAAGCAACGCUAGCAACCUACCCACGUCCUGGAGGGGACUCUCUUGGAGCAUUGGAGGGGAUGGCAUCUUGGACAACCACACCACACUGCCCAACAUUCUGAAGAAGUUCAACCCUCACAUCCUCGGGUUCUCCACCGGUACCCUGGAGGAGACGGCAGGGAUGAAUGUAGCCAUGGAAGGAGCCAGAGCGUGGGACAUGCCAACCCAGGCCCGGGACCUGGUGGAGCGAAUGAAAAACCACCCGGAAAUUGACCUAGAGAGUGACUGGAAGCUGAUCACGCUCUUCAUUGGGAGCAACGACGUAUGUCAUUACUGUGAGAAUCCGGAGGCCCCCUCAGCUGGAGAGUACAUUCAGCAUAUCCAACAGGCCCUGGACAUCUUCUAUAAGGAGCUUCCAAGGGUUUUCAUCAAUGUGGUGGAGGUCAUGGAUUUGGCUGGCCUCCACCAGGGCCAAGGUGGGAAAUGUGACCCACCCCUGGCUGCUCAGAGCAACUGUACCUGCCUCAGACAUGCACAGGAGAAUCCCCUAGAGCUGCAGGAACUGAAGCAAGUGAACUGGAACUUCCAGAGCGGCAUCUCCAGGUUGUCCUAUAAGCCCCAGUACCUGCAGCGUGAGGACUUCGCCGUGGUUGUGCAGCCUUUCUUCCAAAACACUCUCAUCCCCCUGAACAGCAGAGGGAGCACUGACCUCACCUUCUUCUCCGAGGACUGUUUCCACUUCUCAGAACGUGGUCAUGCCGAGAUGGCCAUCGCGCUCUGGAACAACUUGGUUUCGUCACACUCUGUCAGCCCAGAACUUGGAACUUCAGUCAAAACAUCGUUGAGUUCCCUCCCACCCAACCUCCACAGGAAUCUUGUUCACCAAAGUUUGCACGAUAUCAUUCCUGAGAGCAAUUCUGAAGUCCAGUUGUCCUCUACUGAUGGAGUCCCAUGACUUCAUUCCUUUUAAAACCCACCCCCCAAAGAGUGGGUAUCUGUGCACAGUCCCCUUUGUAGCCCCCUGAGAUCUCAGGAGAAUCCACAGAUUCUAAGAAGGGCCAGGAAUGCUCAGCCCCUCCUCCUUUCCUUCCCAGCAUUUCCAUCAGGGGAUGGGUGGUCUUCCUACCUGGUGGCAUCCCCAGCCUGCGUAAUGCCCAGGUGCUCUGGGAGUUCUCUGGGGCACGAUGGCCAGCCCGAGGACUUGAACACAAUUGGGCCUGCUGGUCUCUUUCUGCAGUAAUUAACAACACAGUUCUGGCUGCCUCUUCCAAAGCAGCUCGGUGGUUCUCCCCAUUGGCCCAGGGGAGAGGCUUGUUAUACAUAAGGGCAAGUGGGAGGGGAGCAGGUAGGAAAACAAAGGGGUGAGCGCUGCCGUAGAGUCAUCUUGGUAACCCCACCGGCCUGUCCAGGGUUCCCAGCCACCACUGUCCUAGCCAUGCCCCUAAUUUUAAAAAACAAGGCAAAACUAAACUGAAAUCAUCUAAGAGUGUCUUGUCCUGUGCUGUAUAAUUUAGGGAAGUAAUUACAUAGUCCCAUGUUUUCAUCCAAAACCAUCUCAGAUAUAAACCCAUUACAUCAUGCCAACUUUUCAGACCAUCUCCUUCUGGUGACCCCCUAGAGCGACAUAUAUAAUAGGCCACUAGAACUUAGAGGAGAUCUGGCAGGUCAUCUAGCCAGAAUGCUCUGUAACUAGCAUACAGGGAG